AUGGCGGCUCUGAGAAUUUACGAAGAAGAACUGUUGUUUUUAGCAGAAGACGAAGGUGACUUAGAAGACGAGGAAUUGCUCGGAUUUUACCUUUAUUUAACAGAGCUACCGCUGCCGGUACCUCACAGAAAUUAUCCAUGGUUUGAGCUCGAUAAAUACACCGAUGAAGAGUGUGUACUGAAUUUUCGUUUCCAAAAAGUUGAUGUUUUGCAUUUAGUUACUGCACUGCGAUUACCUAAUCAAUUUUUAUGCAAAAAUGGUACAAUUGCUGGCUCUUUAGGAGGAUUAUGUGUACUUCUUCGUCGUUUGGCUUAUCCAAAUCGUUUAACAGACAUGAUUGCCAUGUUUGGUAGAUCAAAAACAGAACUUAGCAUGAUAUUCAACAAUGUUGUCGACUUUGUGUUUGCCCAACACCAUUCGCUGUUAAGUAAUCUAAAUGUCCCAUGGCUAGCCCCAGAAAAGUUGAUGGAAAUGACAAGAGCUGUUCAUGAGAAAGGUGCUGCUCUCGACAAUGUCUGGGGAUUUGUGGAUGGCACA